GCAAGCCAGUGCACUUGUGCAAUCAUCUCCAACACCAUCACCACCACCACCACCAUCAUCAUCAUCGCUGUAAAGAUUUUAAGACUUUAUUAAAAGCCAAUAAAAAAAAAGAAAGAAAGAAAAACAAAAAAAGCGCAGAAUGCAGAAUUAGGGCACAAUUAAAAAAGAAAGAAAGAAAAAAACGAGGACUGUAAAACGAGGCAUCUUCAUUCCGACUCGGGAACUUGGAUACACUCAUACUUUAAGAGGAUUGUUUUGUUGUUUUUGGUCGCGGUUGGUGUUCGGCUUUACGCGCGGAAGCCUGGAGACCGCGGGCGCGUCACAGCCCGCGCGCUGUCGCCGAACCGAGACACUUGCUUGAACUUGCUAUGACAGGUAAACUAGCGGAGAAGCUCCCUCUUACCAUGAGCAGUUUAAUCAACGCCAUACCUGACAGCCUGUACCCUGAGGAGGACAUUCCCACUUCAUCUAUGAACAUCUUCACCAGCACGGACUCCGUCUCGCACUACUCGCAAAUGAACACAGAUAAUAUCAUGGACUUAGGAAUGGGAGGUGAGAAGAGCAACAAUGAGAUCCCAUAUGCUUCCAGUAGUUUUCAGUCCAGUCGAAGCGGGCAAACAGUUACGUAUUUGGGAAAGUUUGCCUUCGACACCCCUCCUUCGGGCGGCAUUGGCAGCUCGGGCUGGUGCCCGGACAACAACAUCAUCAGCCUGGUAAGUGCCGGCAUCCUUGGUGUGUCCCCGUCACCAGGUUCGAUCACCACUCAGACAUCGUCAUCGGGCGGCAUGAACGUCCAAUCGUCAGACAUUGACCAAGUGUAUGCCCCGCCCCUCCCCACCUACUCCGCCUGCGGUGACAUGUACCAGGAGCAGGUGGCAUUCCACCACAGCCCUGCUGCCUCCUCAUCACUGUCCUAUGCACCGUCCGAGUACCACAGUACCUCCAAAGCUGUGGACGCCAGCCUCUUCUCCAUGAUCCCAGACUAUAACCUGUUCCAGCACCAAGGUGGAGCGGGUGAAGCGGGUGCCAUGGAACACAAACCUUUCCAAAGCGUGGAGCCCCUUCGGGUUAACCCACCACCUAUCACGCCGCUCGAGACCAUCCGGGCGUUUAAGGACAAGCAGCAGCUGCAGCCGGGCUUCCUGGGCUCCCAACAGCACCAUGUUUCCCAGCACCACCACCAACACCAGCAAAUACCCCUCACCCUUAAACCCGUGCGCCCCCGAAAGUACCCAAACCGCCCGAGCAAGACACCGGUGCAUGAGCGUCCCCACGCCUGUCCGGCCGAGCACUGCGACCGGCGUUUCUCGCGCUCUGACGAGCUCACGCGUCACCUGCGCAUCCACACAGGCCAUAAGCCCUUCCAGUGCCGCAUCUGCAUGCGCUCGUUCAGCCGCAGCGACCACCUGACCACGCACAUCCGCACGCACACCGGCGAGAAGCCUUUCUCCUGCGACUUCUGUGGACGCAAGUUUGCUCGCAGCGAUGAGCGCAAGCGCCACGCCAAGGUGCACCUCAAGCACAAGGACAAGAAACCUGCAGAGAAGGCGGGCAGCUCGAGCGCCACAGCGACGACGGCCACUCGUACGUCUCCACCAGGAUCCUGCGGAAGCAGCGGAGCCAGUGGGGCCAAUGUCCUGACUGUUACCACGUGCGCAUAGGACUGAGACUGGCACUAGUGUUUGAGAAGAAUAAGGGAGGAAGAAACUGCCUUUCUUCUGAAAGGACUAGCAAUUGACUCUUAGAAACUCUCUCUUUCUCUCUUCAUGCAUUAGUUCUUUGGUUACGAUGUUUUUAUAAGGUGGUAUAGUCACAUUCACAUUGCCCCUUACCGGGGGUCGAGGGGACACACUAGUGUUUAAUGGCAGGGAGCACAGCAGAGUGGGGUAGCAGCCGGUGGACAGUCAGGUCAUCCCAGGGAAAAAAACAGGGCACUUUUUUUUUUUCUUUUUUCUUUUUUUUUUCGGGAAAAGCAUUACAGGCUCAGGGAGUCCUAACUUCCGGCUCCGUGGACCUACACAUUCCAGUGAUAAUACAGUCUGGGUCAGAUUAGUACAUUUUGUUUUUUUAAAAAUAGUAUAGAAUACAAUCUACACUUGGCAUCGAUUAUUUUUUUACACCGUAUUUCAGUUGAUGGCUCAUCAAAUAUGAAAAAGUGCAAUUUAAUUUCCUCAACUUUGUUAAUACCUUUGUUUGCGCUGCACUUUGGUUCCUGUUUUUAUUUUUGUUUUGUUUUUUCUAAUACUGCUUGUUAAUUAUUUAAUUGAUGAUAUUUUUUUAAAAGGAUGUGCCAAACCUGUUUUUGGAAAUACUACGACCAACUUUUUUGUGUGCGUGUUGUCAUUCUCGUGAGUGUAGCAGGGAUUAUUAUUAUUAUUAUUAUUAUUAUUAUUAUAGUGAGGCUACUGGACGAUCGAGUUUAAAGCAAAGCCUAGACUAUGACAGCACUGAAAGGCUCAGCGAGUUUGAGAAUCAAGAGGGCGUUUCUUGUGUAAUAAGACUGCGUUAUCUUCAUAUCAGUACUGUUAAGGGAUAUCUGGACAUCUUUUUCUUUUUUUUUUUUUUUUUGGUAAACAGUAACAGGUUGCCUGUACAAUAUAACAAAAAAAUGUGUGUCUUGGCAUCCGAGCUCACUAAGUGCAGUUUGCUUAUUAGCAUGAAAUUCAGAUACGAUCCGCGGCGUUUUUACUUGGAGCACGUGAUCUGGUAAAGGCCAAAAAAGCUACACGUGCUCUGUUUAAUGCUAAGAUCUGUAAUCGUCCUGCCAUUUCAUAGUUUUUUUUUUAUUUUUAUUGUUCCUAUACUAAUAGUGAUUAUAUAUUUUUUUUCUUUGUUUUUCCAGUCUGUAUGCCUGCAUGCAUCAUGUGUUGGUAGUUUGUCUGGAUUAGCACUGAAACAAAGGACAUUUCUGCGAGCAAUAUGCGUGCAUCUCGACCCCUCGUAACAGGGAGUCGAAAGAAGCGAUGCGAAAUGUGAAACCUGUUCACGUCCGUCGUUAUGAUAUUUACGUUUUCGUGUCACCGUCGUCGCUGUUGUGUUGUUGAUGAUGGCUCUUGAUGCUGAGUUCCCAGCGGUUUAUCUUGGUACGUUCCGUGUGUCCUGGUCGUUCGAGAAAACACACACAGCCAAUAACGAUGGAAACAACAGCCUUAGAGCAUUAACGCACGGCCAACCCUGGACGCCGGCUUUCUGACUGAACUCAGCCAUAUGCAUGCCAUUAGAAAUGUUUUUGGAUGAAAACAACUUGGACAUUUUAUUGUUUUGUUUCGUUUAUUCGUCUGUUUUGUCAUUGUUUAUUUUUUUCCCUUUACAGCUCCGAGGGGCAUCAGCAGUAACGUGGUAUCUCCACGUGUUUUAUUUCAUUUUAUUUUAUUUUUUCCUCCUACAUGGAACACACUGAGAGAAUCUGACUAUCCUAGAGGGAUGGUCUUAUGUUCAGCCGCCUAUAUAAACACACGACUACGUGUUUUCUACUAAGAAUGUACAGUUUAAAAGGAAAAGCAAUGCGCUUCAGUAUUACCGCGUGUUUCAAUGUGUGCGAGCACGCACGCCUCCGCACUCCCAGGAUGCAAAAGGGUGUGUUACCGUACAUUUCUGAAGACUGUGUAUAUAAUGUAGAAUGUGUUUUUUUUUUGUUGUUGUUGUUGUUGUUGUUGUAGUUUUUUUUGUUUUUGUUUCUUUUUUAACUGUGAGUGCGUUUAAAAAAAAAAAAGAGAAGUGUUGUCCAGCGGUGUCAAACCUGAUGCAUCUUACGUCCUAAAAUAUUGUUUUUGUGAAUAAUAUACAAAGAUGGAGACACACUGAAUGAUGUGUUUAUUAAUAAAAUAAACCAUAAGGUUAUUUGAAA